GUCAGGUGACAGCCCGGAAGCAGCCGACGCGGUGGAGCGGAGCGCGGCUGCGGCCCGGGGGGCGGGGCGGAGCUGCGGGAGCCUCGGCCUCCUCCAGGCCCCCCGCGCGGCUCUCAUGCGGCGCCCUGGUUGACACCUGAAGUCCGCCGAUCGCCGUCCUCCCCGGGACCGCCGGGUCGCCCGGCCCGCCGCCCUUGGCGGUUGACGUCGUGGUGGUGCGGACCCGCGGCGGCUGCCCAUGGAGAAGGCCGGGCAGGGCUGCCAGGGCGCCCCGCGGGGGCCCGUACUGCACAUCGUGGUGGUCGGUUUUCAUCACAAGAAGGGCUGCCAGGUGGAGUUCUCUUACCCGCCGCUGAUCCCAGGAGAGGGACACGACAGUCACACUGUACCUGAAGAGUGGAAGUACUUGCCCUUCCUUGCCUUACCGGACGGCGCCCACAACUACCAGGAAGAUACUGUGUUUUUCCACUUGCCGCCCAGAAAUGGAAACGGGGCCACCGUGUAUGGUAUCUCUUGCUACCGGCAAAUUGAAGCCAAGGCUUUGAAAGUACGGCAAGCAGAUGUCACCAGAGAGACUGUGCAGAAAAGCGUCUGUGUGCUCAGCAAGCUGCCUCUCUAUGGCUUGCUUCAAGCAAAACUUCAGCUCAUCACACACGCAUAUUUUGAAGAGAAGGAUUUUUCCCAAAUUUCCAUUCUAAAGGAACUCUACGAGCACAUGAACAGCUCCUUGGGAGGGACGUCGCUGGAGGGCUCCCAGGUGUACCUUGGUCUGUCUCCUCGAGAUCUUGUGCUUCAUUUUCGACACAAGGUCUUAAUUCUGUUUAAAUUAAUUCUUCUCGAGAAAAAGGUUCUCUUUUAUAUUUCUCCAGUGAACAAGCUGGUGGGAGCCCUCAUGACGGUGUUAUCCCUCUUCCCAGGCAUGAUCGAACAUGGUCUCAGUGACUGUUCGCAGUACAGACCCCGAAAGAGCAUGUCUGAGGAUGCUGGGCUUCAAGAAAACAACCCCGCGGACGAUUUUGUUUCCGUGUCUGCUUCUAACGUUUCCAAUACCAGCUCGGAAGCUGUCAAGAAAGUCGUGACAGGAAGCCACAGAGGAGAUGCCGCCAGCAAGACUGAAGAGCCUUUGUUCCCCGCGAGAGACGGCAGCCAAGGACAGGAGCUCUGUGACAGCCAUCGGUAUCUGAGACCUCCUUCUCGGCCGUCUCCAGAGUCCUCAGAAAGUGACUGGGAGACCUUGGACCCUAGCGUCUUGGAGGACCCCGCCUCGAGAGAAAGGGAGCAGGUGGGGUCGGAGCGGACAAACUCGUUUCCAAAGGAGGUGGCGCCCUCGGACAGCCCUCCCAUCACCGUGCAGCCGCAGGCCAACACGGGCCAGGCGGUCCUGGUGCCGGGGCUCAUUUCGGGUUUGGAGGAGGACCAGUACGGCAUGCCGCUGGCCAUCUUCACCAAGGGCUACCUGUGCUUGCCUUACAUGGCCCUGCAGCAGCACCACCUCCUCUCUGACGUCACCGUUCGGGGAUUUGUUGCUGGAGCCACUAACAUCCUCUUCCGACAACAGAAACACCUCAGUGACGCCAUUGUGGAAGUGGAAGAGGCUCUGAUCCAGAUCCACGACCCCGAACUCAGGAAGCUGCUCCACCCCACCACGGCCGACCUCAGGUUCGCGGACUACCUGGUGCGGCACGUGACGGAGAACCGGGAGGACGUGUUCCUGGACGGCACGGGCUGGGAGGGCGGGGACGAGUGGAUCCGAGCCCAGUUCGCGGUCUACAUCCACGCCCUGCUGGCCGCCACGCUGCAGCUAGAUAACGAGAAGAUGCUCGCAGACUAUGGGACGACCUUCGUGACGGCGUGGAAGAGCACUCACAACUACCGAGUCUGGAACAGCAACAGGCGCCCGGCCCUGGCCGAGGUCAACCCGAACCACCCCUUUCAAGGCCAGUACUCGGUGUCAGACAUGAAGUUAAGAUUCUCCCAUUCUGUUCAAAACAGUGAGCGUGGCAAAAAAAUUGGCAGCGUCAUGGUCACCACCAGCCGGAACGUCGUGCAGACAGGAAAAGCCGUGGGCCAGUCCGUGGGAGGAGCUCUCUCCAGCGCAAAGACGGCCAUGUCGUCGUGGCUGUCCACCUUCACCAGCCCCACCGCCCAGAGCCUGCCCGAGCCGCCCGGCGGGAAGCCCUGAGCAGGGCACGCAGAGGCCGCAGCUGCUUUCGUAGGGCCGAGUGUCCCUGUCUGUGUGCUGCUCCCAGACCGCUCCUCCUCCUCGGCCCGGGUCCACAGCAGGGGACCGACACGUCGGACUGUUUACAGGGACGGUGGCCCUCUGUCCAGGUGAAUGUCAAGGCCGCUGAAAAGAUGCAACCGCAGCCACAGCAGGGGCGGCCGCCCCGGUCGGAGCCUCCGCUGACCGCCUCUGUCUCGGUCUGAGCCCCAUUAAAACACGCAGCGUCCCUUCCGGUGGGCUUUCGAGUUCAGACCGUCUGCGCUGGUUUACUUUAAGGACAUUUUCGCUUGUGUAUAUUUUGUUCUUUUGCUGUUUGAAUAGGUGGAUGGUUGCUGUAAUUUAUUAGGGCUAAAUUGUUCUAUUAGUAUUUGAAUUUCUCUAAAGUUGGGCCUAACGUGCUUAUAAAGUUAAGGGGGCGCACAGUCGAACCCUCGGUUGUUAUUUUGCAGAGUUAUAUAAUGAUUUUUCUUUGGUGGUGGUGUUAUGUGGUUUUCUACUUCACAAACGAUCGAUUACCUUCCUCCCGGAAAUGUGAACGUCACAGGUGGUGGUUGUCAGGGAGCAGCGUGUUGUUUUCUGUUUAAUGUCUUCUCUCCCGGCCGUACGCACUUGCUUUGGGGCAUCAAGUGUUUCGGCUCUCCUUCCCUUCUCGUUGUUCAAGGGCGUGUGCGGAGGAAUGGCAGGUGACGGGUGCGCAGUGUUGCAGCGGCUGAACGUGACCGAGUAUUUAGGGCAAGACUUUAGAGGCCUAGGUGUCAGCUGUAGUCAUGUCGCAAUCUUUGACAAGCGUUUUUAACCCCGAGUUUGUGCCUUCUAUUUCUUCUUUUAGGUGGUUUUCUGUUGGGUGUGUACAGACCUCCAGGGUUUUUCUUAGUCUUCUCUGUCCUUCAGAGAACUUUUCAAGGCCCGUGGCUUCCCCACUUCCCUGAUAGAAAACCCUCCUGUGCUCAGUCCCAUCUAAAAGUAUUUUUAAAAGCAAGGCAAGAGGAUCUGUAAAUAUGACAUGGAAAUCUCACCUUAGCUCACACGUAGGAAUGCAGCAGGACAGGGAAACCACAGCCACGACAUCGGGCGUGUUUCGUGGAGGAUGUCUGGGUUCGUGUGAGACAGCUUCUGACGUGCGUCUGCUGGAGACUUGGACGCGGCCGGACCUCACAUGUGCCAGGCCCAGCUCGAGUUUGCUUUUCGAGGGCCAUGGGAAGGGUGUUCUCAGGGAGUCCCUACAGGGAAGAGACCGCUUUUCAGUCACACGCGUGGUGAGUGUGACGUACAUAUGCUAUAGAGAGUAUUAGGAAAAUGAGUGUCCUGGUUAAGGCUACAUUUGAUUGAUCCCUUAGGAAAUGUUUAUGUAACAUACAUCCUUUUAGGGCAUGUGACAUGGUCAUAUGGACAUAAUCUAAAUAUCCCUAAAUCCUCCAGUUUGCAUUUCAACACAAGUCCAGCAAAUCUAAAAGCGUUCUUCCAUUUGAGCGUAAUAACCCCCGUGAUGGUGGAAGGAGACGUGAUUCAGGGUAGUGAACACACAAUACAAUACACAGGUGAUGUGUUAUAGAAUUGUACACCUGAAACCUACAUAAUUUUAUUAGCCAAUGUCACCCCAACAGAUUCAGUAAAAAUUAAAAUUUUACAUUUAAAAUAGAUAAGUAAAUAUAAAGUGUUUCAUUUUUUAAAAAAAAAGAAUUCAGUGACACAUUGAAAGGCUUAUUGUGAAAACUCCAUUGAUUCCACUUCUGCCAGGGACGUUCAUCUCAGGAAACACUACUUGAAGAGAAGUAAUACCAAACACACCCUGAAAAGGCACUUGUUACCUCUCAGCUGCCGGAGAGCUGCCGCGAGGGAGUACUGCGCGGGGCCGGCCGGCGGGCGGCCGCUGGGGCGUCCUGGGUCUGGUGUGGCUUGUGUGACGGGUCGACCCCCAGCUCUCUCCCCUCAGAAGCAGCCCCAUCUGCACUUUGGAAUCCCACUGAGACGCAGACGCCACGUGGAACCUACGUGUGCUUUGGUACCACGUGUUCCCCAUUCUAAUGCCCACCGGCAACGAACUUUCUAUCAGUAUUUCCCGUUAAGAGUUCAAAGUAGUCACUUCACUAGCUUUCAGCAUGAAAUGAAUAUUUCAGAAGAUGGAACUUCUGUCGUAAGAAUGGUCCGAGGACCCUGACUCUCUUGCCUUCGGGUUCCUGGAGGCGUGGGGUUUCAGGGAGCAGAGGCUGUGACAUUGGUGGCGGGAUCCCGGGAGAGCUGGCCCAGUGGAAGGUAGGCAGCCAGGCCCCGGGACCUGGGGGCCCGUGUGCAUCAGGCUCGGGUCCCAGGCUCCCGCUGGGGGGCCACACCGGCAGCAGCAGGCCCCUGCAGGCACUGGCUCCGUGAGCCACACGGGCCAACGCCAGGCCAACUUCGGACCCGUCUCCGGUAAAGGUGUGCACGGGGUUGGCGAAGCUGGCUGCGGGACUUUAGUCCCUGAGAGCCCAGGGUUUGUAAGCAGGCCUGAGGAACGAGGCUUGGCCAGGCCUUUGCAAGGCGCGCCAAGGACACAGGCCACAUCUGUCACUUGGUGGUGGCCUCACUGUUUGUCCAGGCAACUGCAAAGUAGUGUUUGGAAAAAGUCCCUGGCAUGCUGUCAUUCAUUCCUAGGAGGCCCCGUAACGACAGUGACGUAGGUCAGGAAAGAAGGAGCUAAAGCUACCGUGGCUUGGACUGGGUGCGUGGAAAACACUGCAUGUCAGAGUACGGCUUCAGAGUUGUUCUGCGUUGGGCUCAUGUGAUCAGUGUGAAUGGUCUGUCCCCGAACCAUUAGUGGCUUAAGAGCCCCCAAGCUUUCAAACGACCCACUCCUUUUUGCUUUAAGGAACAGGGUGGCAACAUCCUCGGGCAGCGAAGCAGGCCGUCUGAUGUGGUUUCUGCAGCCUUCUCUUGCUUUUGGAGUUCGAGGUUAGCAUGGAAUUUGGGGCGGGGUGGGGGCGGGAAUGAUUUAUUUCCUUUGUCGUUUGGAAAGGCAAGGAGAAAGCAAAUUAGGAAGAACGAAGAAAUGAGAAGUCAUUGCCAGGCUGAGGAACAAGGAGCAUUUAAUAUGAUAAAGGUUGUCAGGAUCCUGUUACAAAGAAGUUCUCAUUUGAACCUGCCAGUUACAAGUUUAGGUGAAGCUGGAACGUUACCUUCCUGGCAGGCAGGUUUUGUUUUUCUUUCGUGUUUUGUGGAAGCUGAAGUCAGUGGUCCCAUCCCCUACCCCACCCCACCCCCGCCUCCCCUGCCUCCCCCUGGGUCGGGGCUGUGUUCAGGAGCCUUUGGCUCCGACAGAAGCCAGAGGGCAGAUCCCGAGUCUCAAGAACUCGCAUCUGCUUCAGCAGUUUGGAAAGCAGCCUGUUUGAUGGUGGCCGCUGAGUGGCCUAUUAUUUUAUCAGGGAUUUGGUUGGGGCUCGAAACGGCAGCCACGUUUUCAUGAUCUGAUUCUCUGACCAGAGGCGUCUCGGUGUUCGGGGCCUCCCACCCAUCCUGGGGGAGCCUUUCAUGACAGAGAGCACAGCCCUGGUUCCUAGAACAUGACGGUUAUUCCAUGUAGUGCAAUGUGCCACUAGGAGUUUGUCCAUUCCAAGUCUUUGAACUUCAAUUCAGAACAUGGGAAUUGUCUUUUCAUAAUUUCCAACAUUCCAUCAAGGACAAAGAAGAGGAAUGUGAAUCUUUGUUCUUUUCACGUAAACACCCUUAUACUCAUGACUUCCUGCUUUCAUAUAUGAAGGAGAAGAAACUAGCUUCCUUGUAUGGUGACACCAGAAUUACAAAUAUCGUGCACGUAUAAGGGGUUGGAUAUAUUUUGUAAAAUAAUACAUUUGUAUUUCUGUGCUGUUCUAAAGUUUACCUUUUUACUUAUAUUAAUUAAAGAUAUAGAAACUAUAUAUUUAAGUCACAUACAUGGGACACCACUUAGGGGUUUUCCAGUCUUCAUCAGCUGAGAAGACUGAUGAAGACUCUCUCUCUCUCUCUCUCUCUCUCACACACACACACACACACACACACACACACACACACAGGAUGCUGCUCGCAUCUGUGUGUGAGCAGUGCAAACAUUUGAACAUUUCAGUGACGUACUGAGCCAGGAAAGGUCAUAGAAGUUUUUCAAGAGCUUCUGUGCUUAGAGAAUACUUUGUUUUCUUGAGACAUUAGUAAUUGACAGCUGGAAAAAUAGGAUCGUUUUCAGGGCACUCGGUCAUUUGUUCCUCAACUCCGGAAGCAUUUGAUGAACAAGUUGGUCAAGGCAUUUAGUGGUUAGAAAAACAGUUUAAAUAUUUGCGAUUCAAGGCUUCCCACAUGCCCUUUCUAGGGAAGUCUAGCUUAGAAAUCUUAGAAAGUUUUCCUGAGGAAGAUUCGCUGUGGCACGUGUUUUGAUCAGGAUGGUAGUUUCUCUUUGCUCUAGUAAAUUUUAUCAUUUAUACCAGUUCUCUGUUUCUGUUGCCAUUCGUUUAAAAAGAAUGUUAAAAAUUACAAAUCACGUCUAAUCACACCGAAUUGUAAAAUUCCUCCUGUAUCUCUAUUUUAUAAAGAAAAAUAAGAAUAAAGUUUCCUGUCUGUCUUGCCUACA